UGCGGUCACUCUGUGCUCCCCAGAGCCCCCCCGUGAGCCGGCGAUGGGGGACAGCGAUGACGAGUACGACCGGCGGCGCAGGGACAAGUUCCGGCGGGAGCGCAGCGACUACGAGCGCUCCCGGGAGAGGGACGAGCGGAGACGGGACGACUGGAGCGACCGGGACUGGGAGCGGGGCCGGGAGCGCCGCAGCCGGGAUUACCGGGACUACGACCGGACCCGGCGGGAGCGCUUCUCACCGCCCCGGCACGAGCUGAGCCCGCCGCAGAAACGGCUGCGCCGGGACUGGGAUGACCACGGCACUGACCCCUACCACAGUGGCUACGAGCUGCCCUACAGCGGGGGCGGGGCCGGCCCCACCUACGGCCCCCCCCAGGCGCCCUGGGGCCCCCACGAGAUGCAGCACCAGCUGCUGCAGCACCAGCUGCUGCCCAUCCAGGCCAGGCUGGGCACCAUCGCCGAGGUGGACCUGGGCAUGGCGCCGCCGGUGAUGAAGAGCUUCAAGGAGUUCCUGCUGUCGCUGGACGACGCCGUGGACGAGACGGAGGCGGUGAAGCGCUACAACGACUACAAGCUGGACUUCCGCCGGCAGCAGCUGCAGGAGUUCUUCCUGGCCCACAAGGACGAGGAGUGGUUCCGCUCCAAGUACCACCCGGACGAGGCCGGGAAGCGGCAGCAGGAGGCCCAGGCCGCCCUCAGGAACCGCCUCAGCGUCUUCCUGUACCUGUGGGAGCACGGCUGGUUCGACAACCUGCUCCUGGACAUCGACCGCGCCCCGCAGAUCAUCAAAACCCUUGACGCAGCGGUGAUUAAGAUGGAGGGGGGCACUGAGCACGACCUGCGGAUCCUGGAGCAGGAGGAGGAGGAGGAGCGGACGGAAAAGGCCGAAGGCCCCAAAAAGGAGGAGCCGCGGCCACCGGAGCCCCCCGGGAAAGGCCCCACGGAGCGCCCCGAUGGCGACGACAGCGCCAAGGCCGAAGGGGCGGAGCCAGGGGCGGAGCCUGCGGCAGGGGCGGGGCCGGAGGAGGAGGAGGAGGGGCCGGACAAGGGGCCCAAGGCCGAGGAAGGCGACAAGGAGGGCGGGGCCAAGGCGCGGCCGCGCCAGCGCAGCCGGGACAGCGAGGACGGGGACAGCGACAGCGGGGACAGCGAGGGGGGGGCACGGAGAGCCCCCAGCAAGGACGAGGAGCCCAAGGAGGAGAAGGCCGCGGGCGGGGACGGCGCCGGGACCCCUCCCCCCGCGGGCGCCCCCUCCCCCAAGGGCAAGGAGGGGGCUCCGGGGGGGGCCCCGGGGGGGGGCCCCGAGGCGCGGCCGCGGCCGCUGCACAAAACCUGCUCGCUGUUCAUGAGGAACAUCGCACCCAACAUCGCCCAGGCCGAGAUCGUGGCGCUGUGCAAGCGCUACCCGGGUUUCAUGCGCGUGGCACUGUCGGAGCCGCAGCCCGAGAGGAGGUUCUUCAGGAGGGGCUGGGUGACCUUUGACCGCAGCGUGAACAUCAAGGAGAUCUGCUGGAGCCUGCAGAACAUCCGGCUGCGGGAGUGUGAGCUGAGCCCCGGCGUGAACCGGGACCUGACGCGCCGCGUGCGGAACGUGUCCGGGCUGACGCAGCACCGCCCCAUCGUGCGGCACGACAUCAAGCUGGCCGCGCGGCUGGUGCAGGCCCUGGACGCCCGCGCGCGCCUCUGGAGCCCCCCGGGCGCGGCCGCGGACCCCCCCGGGGACGGCGGGGACGCGCCCGGCCAGCCCGAGCCCCCGCCCGCCGCCGAGCCCGGGGCCCAGAACCCCGUGCUGCGGCACAUCACCGAUUACCUGAUCGAGGAGGUGAGCGCCGAGGAGGAGGAGCUGCUGGGGCAGGGGCAGGGACAGGGACAGGGACAGGGCCAGGGCCAGGGCGCGGCCCCGGCCGAGGACGCGGCGCGCGAGACCAACCCGGCCGAGGUCACCGUGGAGCGCGACGAGAAACUGCUCAAGGUGCUGGACCGCCUCCUGCUCUACCUGCGCAUCGUGCACUCGGUCGAUUACUACAACACCUCCGAGUACCCCAACGAGGACGAGAUGCCCAACAGGUGCGGGAUCAUCCACGUGCGGGGCCCGCUGCCCCCCAACCGCGUGUCCCACGGCGAAGUGUCGGAGUGGCAGCGCGGGUUCGAGGCGCGCCUGGCGCCGCUGCUGGCCGGGCCCGGCGCCGUGCCCGAGGAGGAGGCGCAGCGCCUGGGCCGCAAGGACCCCGAGCAGGAGCUCGAGAAGUUCGUGAGCGCCAACACCCAGGAGCUGGGCAAGGACAAGUGGCUGUGUCCCCUGAGCGGCAAAAAGUUCAAGGGCCCCGAGUUCGUGCGCAAGCACAUCUUCAACAAGCACGGGGACAAGAUGGGCGCCGUGCGCAAGGAGGUUUUGUUCUUCAACAACUUCCUGAUGGACCCCAAGCGCCCGGCGCUGCCCGAGGGCGGCAAGGGCGGCCCCGCGGGGCCCAACGCCGGCCUGGCCGCGGGGGCGCUGCCCUACCCGCCCCAGUCCCCGCAGGGGCUGAUGCCCUACGGGAGCCCCCGGCCCCCCAUGCUGGGCUACGCAGGGUCCCACCCGUACCCCCCCGGGCCCUACGGGGGUCGCGGCAGCUACGAAACCUUCCGGGGGCAGGGGGGGGCCGGGGGGGGGUACCUGAACAAACCCCGCAGCAGGAUGGUGCGGGGCGACCCCCGGGCCAUCGUCGAGUACCGGGACCUGGACGCCCCCGAGGACGUGGAUUUCUUCUGACCCCUCCCCCACCCGGGCCCCCCUUUUGAUACGGCCCCGCCCCUCCCCCCUUUGUACGGCCCCGCCCCCCCAAAAAACCCCAAAUAAAGCGGCACCGCCCGGC